UUGCGGUUGUUCAGAAGGAAAGCCCAUUCAGAUCUCAUAGACAUAGCAAUGUUUCUCCAGGAUCAGCUGGACAUAUAUGGCAUGCUCCAUGGAUACAAGAUGAUGCAUUUGAAAUGCAUUCAGGCUGGCUACGUGGUGACUCAAGAGACGAUCAGGAGACUGCUGAAAAUAUUGGAUCCGCAUGGUGUGCAGCUGAGGCACCGGAAUUGCCUUCGGCGGCGUAUGUACCAGAAUCCAGGCCCAAACUUUUUGUGGCAUGUAGACUCAUAUGAUAAACUCAAACCGUACAGGAUCUGCAUCAAUGGUGCAAUAGAUGGGUUUUCACGAAUGGUAAUAUGGCUACAUGCCUACUGUACAAACAGUGAUCCCAGGGUUAUCGCGCAAUGCUUCAUUGAUGAGGUAUCAUCAAGGAAUGGAACUGCUGCCCGAAUUCAUUCGGACCUCGGAACCGAGAACUGUUACAUUGAACAAAUGCAGAUGUUCUUGAGGCACGAUCAUCUGGACAACUUUUCGCACAGAUGUUAUCUGUAUGGAUCAAGCAAUCACAACCAAAGAAUAGAGAACUGGUGGGGCUUUUUAAGGAAGCAACACGCACAGUUCUGGAUGAACCUGUUUCAAGAUUUAAAAGACUCAGACUCCUUUUUUGGUGACUUCCUGGACAAAAGUCUCAUUCAGUUCACAUGUCUUGAAAUAAUAGAGAGAGAACUGCAGGAAGUUGUUCACCUCUGGAACACUCAAAGAAUUCGCCCAUGCAGAAAUGCUGUGUCUCCAGGUGGGCGCCCAGUGAUGAUGUACACCCUACCCCAACUUUUUGGUGCCAGAGAGUACCUGAAAGAGGUAUCCCAACAAAAGAUAGAAGCCUGCAGAGAGGAAUGCCUUCAGAGAGGUCCGUAUUCCUGUGACGAUACAGUGUUUGACAUUUGCUGCCUUGCCAUGGCAGAAAACAGUCUUCAUCCACCCACCUCUCCAGAGGAAGCCAUUGAGCUUUACAUGUUCUUUCGUGCUUACAUACAAGCUCAAAUUUAAUGAUCACAACCUGCUCUACUGGAUCAAAUGACUGGAUGUAAGCCUCCACAUAAGGGUAGAAAAUCUUAUGGAU